AUGAGACAACAGUCAAGCUACAAAAAAGGAGGAGCAACAGAUAAGCCAGCCAGAGAGACGGACCCAUUGCUGGAGGCCUCUGCUCCAUCUUAUUUACAUUCCACUCAAGGGGAUUCUACUAGAUCAAGACGACGCACAAGUCGAUCACCACAUCUUUCGAGGGAUCCAAUGGACCAAUCGCAAGAGCCAGUCGAUGGCGACUUUGAUUCCUAUCAGAUUGUGACAGAUCCUUCCAACCGAUCCAACGAUACCUCUGUGGGAUCCUCCAAAGGUUCGAACCAUUAUACGCCUGGAAGUCGAUCAGUUCACUCUGUCAAAAGACAGCAAAGUCCUACGGGGAGUGGGAGUUCGGAUGAGGACCAUCCACCUUUUUUGGAGGUUCCAGAACACGUUUAUGCAGUCCGUAAAGGAGCGCUAUCAGUGCUCAAACCACUCGUCAAAACAUGGUUGGUUGUUUCCAUUGGGUUUGCCUUAACUAUUCUGUUUGCAGCAGCACGAUGGACUGAACUGAUGAGCUUUUUACCGUAUUGGUUCAUUCUACUUCCCUCCUGGCUAUCACAUUUAGGCCUUGUUUGGUGUCACGUUCAAUCUGCAAAGGCUCUAUCGGUGUUCAUUGGAGACGCCAACGACAGUCGGCAGCGAGCGGAUUCCAGAGAUCACCUGGAUCGAACAGAAUACCUACCGUUGCUACAAAGAUCGCUGAAAUUUGGUGUCAAAACUGGCUUGAUAUCCACUGGUGUUUUCAUUUUUGAAAUUCUCAUUUACAUUCGGUUGUCAAAGGGAUCCAUGCCGUUGUCCACAGUUUUUACACCCUUUUGGAUCAUUGUUGUGGUUGGAGUUUUGGAUGGAAUAAUAUGCAAGUCGCAACAUCCCCUCCGGGUAGUUUGCUGGAUGCUAACUUUGUGCUCCAUGAUCAUGGCUUGUCUCAAGGUAGACCAUGGAGUUGACACAAUUCGAUGGAAAUCCAUCAUCUCUCCCAUCGUUGCAGUCCUUUUAAUUGGAUCUGCAACUUUGGUAUACAUUGUCUAUGGACACCAUGUUGGUUACUACAAAUUGACAGAAUCACAACUGGUUGCCGGCAAGUUAUACUCGGCAGCAGCAGUCUUGGGAAUUCUUUUGGUCUUUGUCUUUGAGGAAGUUAUGCCUCUGGCCAAGCCGAUCGAGCUCUAUACUAGAUUCUUCAUUGUAGUGGUGGCACCAGUGAUCAUGGCACUGCUGGGCAUGGGAGCUUGGGCGGUGAGUCGGGACGAACACUCGCAAUUACUUUUGUACGGAGGACAAGCAGCCGUUCAUCCACAAAAAUUACGAUGGCAAUCCAUGGGCUGGACCAGCGUCCAGGGGAAGGGGGUUACCACGAUACCAAUGUUCGGUGAAGUCAGGUAUCAUCCACUUAGACAGGGUGAAGCGCCGAGGAGUACAGAAAUGUGUGCCACUUGCUGCACUUAUUAUCCAUACGAAGACGAGGAAGACAUUCCGUAUCCAGAAGAGUUGGAGGACCAUCCCUACUUGGCCCCAGUGAAUACCGAUGGAAAACCGCAAUAUUCCAGUCCGGAAAUUGUGUAG